AAAUAUUUUCACUAUAUUGCUGUAAAUGUGCUUUUGUGUGGAGAUGUUUAUGAGCAGCAAAAAAAUAUGAAAGUAUUAUUUAAAAAAAAAAACAUGAUGCAAGCCAAUUUGGGUUAGAAAUUGGACCAACCCUGUGAGCUUCCUUCAGCAGUUAAAUACUGUACAAUUGACAUGUAUUGUCAUUCAAUUCCAGAACAUUCCUCACUGCAAUGGAUAGAAAGUUGGUUCUCCUUUUAAUCCUCCAAUUAGCUCCUCAUCUUAGCGCUGAUGAAGAUAGCGUUGAUAAAAAGGAGUUGGAGUUGCGGGUGGUCACCAACAGCACGUCCUGCAGUGUUACAUGUGGCAUUGGCAUGAAAACGCAAACGGUCUGCUCGUACAAAGACAGCAAUGCGAUGUUGGGGAAGAAUCCGAAAGAGCUUUCCGCCGAAGACCAGAAGACGGAAAAGUGUCACGAUGAGCAAGUCAGGUGUCAAGAGUUUAAGAAGUGUGGAAUCAAGACUGUCACUAGGACAAUGGGAGAGAUGCUGGAGCUGGAUUGUCUGUUCGAGAAAACGAUACUGAUGAAUACAUUCUCAUGGAGGGUCAGUUGGUACUACGCCCCAGGGGUAAUCAGCUCUGACGACAAGCUUUUCAGGCGCUUUGCGUCUCCGCAAUUGGACCUGCUCAUUCUGGACCCAAUCAAGGAGGAACACGCAGGAACGUACCGCUGUGACGUCCUUGAUCCCAAUUCCAAAAUGUUGAAAUCCGUUUACUGGGGUGUCAGAGUGCUCCCAAAAGGGUUCAUCGAUCUGGACUACGAGCACGCUCAGAAUAUGUGGAACACACCUUGGAACGAGAAGACGGACAUUUUGUCGAAUCGCUACGGUUCCCUGAGCUUCUGGGUAUACAUCAUGUUGGCCUUUCUGAGCCUUCUCAACAUUGUAGGGGUGCUCAUCCUGGUCCUGAAAAUCUGGGCGAAAAGAGGCUCAUAUAAACUCCCUGAGGAGGAAAACACAGUUGAAGCUAUGACUGAGAUUUGA